UUUAUAGGUGAUCUGGUCGGCGGCGACCGCCGAGGUGGAGUCUUUGGACUCUCAGCAGGAUGAAGGAGAUGGUUUGCGUAUGUUUCGCGUGUCUGAAAUCUACAUCUUGUUAGCUGUAAUAUUGAAGAUGUCGUAUAUCGCGCAAGUCAAAUGAAACUUUCCAGGACGGAGUACAGAAAAGAUGGAAACAGCCAUGAGAACGCAAUGGGCUCCGACAACACUACAUUCGAGACAACAAGGACAGUCUCAUGCCCAUCCAGCAAGACCCGUCAGAGCAGAGCACUUCCAAUAUCGAAUCGCAAGAUCAUUCAAGAAGCCAAAUCCGCAUCAGAUCACAACGUUGACCUCGAAUUACGUCCUCAGCACUUCAAAUGCACCAACAACCCACCAUCUCAACCACCACCAAGCUCUUUAUCAUCUCCUCGUGGAUCAACAUACCACACCACCUCCAUUUCCAUAUCCCCCUCCUCUCUCAGAACAGGAAACUGUAAAUCUGCCAAAGAAGCCUCAGCACGUACCUCGAGUUCCGCUCCCAGCGGGAUAGAUGACGUGCCCCUCGCAGCACGCAAAGUCACCAAAAUUAAACCCCCUUACACUGACACACUGACACACAACGCGCAAUCACCCUUCAAUCAAAGAGUCCCAGACAUCCGAUGUUAAUCCGAUCUCGUCCUCGUCCGAGGUUGCAACUGAAGCACACAUCCGAAGCAGUUCUGGCCAUCGAACACCACACUCGUUACAACUUACCACGCUCACGGGUGUGCGGCCCAAGAGGGGCGUUCCACGUGCCCCCUGGUGGUCCGCCGCAUCCAUUGUGGCACACCUCACGCGCAUCCUUACUUACCUGGCUAAUGAACAGGCAGUAGUCGCGCUACCCUAACUCACAGAACCCACCUAACCAAAUCCACUAUACCAAACCACCUACCUAUGUAGGUAGGUACAUAGUAUUAAUAGAUAGGUGCCAGGUACUAGGUACGUUCACCUGGACACAUGGAGUUGUAAUUUG